GGCCACAGAAUUUGUUACUCAGGGACAGACACAGAAUUGUUACUCAGGGACACAGAAUUGUUACUGAGGGCCACAGAAUUGUUACUUAGGGCCACAGAAACGUUAGUUAGGGCCACAGAAUUUUUACUCAGGGACAGACACAGAAUUGUUACUGAGGGCCACAGAAUUGUUACUUAGGGCCACAGAAACGUUACUCAGGGACACAGAAUUGUUACUGAGGGCCACAGAAACUGUUACUUAGGGCCACAGAAACAGAAUUGUUACUUAGGGCCACAGAAACGUUAGUUAGGGCCACAGAAUUGUUACUCAGGGACAGACACAGAAUUGUUCUGAGGGCCACAGAACUGUUACUGGAGGGCCACAGAAAAUUGUUACUUAGGGCCACAGA